AUGUCUGCGAUCGUCUUCGCCACCCUGUUGAUGCCGUGGGGCAUCAGCAGGCGCGCGCUCGCGUGCGCUCGCGACGGUGCACCAUCAAAGCGUCUUGUCAGGCAAUAUGGCGACGGGGCCGAUCCGAACCAGCUGCGCGCAAUCUUUACAGCCGAGGAAGUGAAGCUCCUGCACAACCAAUUCAGGACGGCCCGCAAAGACAACGAUCGUGUCUCCACGGCCUUCGAGGAGGCCGACAAGUUGGGCGUGCGGGAGGGGAAGAACAAGGCGAAGCUCGGGUAC